AUGCUUGUCUCUUCAUUUACAAUUCGUCGUGUAUUUAAUAAUAUUACUAUUGGAUUAAAUAGUAAAUUAUUAUUUAUUCAAAGUACUUGUCAUGUUCGAUAUCAAAGUCAAGUAAAUGCUGCUCGAUUAUUCAAUGAUUCUGAUCAAUCAAAUGAAAAUGAACAAGAAAUGGGUUUAUUUAAUAAUUUUAAUAUAAAUGAACAGACACAACAACGAUUAAAAGUUCGUGGUGUUGAAUAUUUAUUUCCUGUACAAUAUCGUUCUUAUAAUGAUAUUCUAUCUGGAAAAGAUUGUAUUGUUCAAGCACGUACUGGAACAGGAAAAACCUUAGCAUUUAGUCUUCCGAUAAUCGAACGUCUCCAAACAGAAAUGUCUAAUACACGUGGUCGUUUUCCUCGUUGUUUAGUUUUAGAACCCACUCGCGAACUUGCCAAACAAGUUACAAAUGAUUUUCUUUCAAUAAAAUCUCGUCUAUUAUCUAUAUCAACACUUUAUGGAGGAAAAGAAUAUUCAAAACAAGAAUUAUCAUUAAAUCGUGGUUCAGAUAUUGUUAUUGGAACACCUGGAAGAAUAAAAGAUUUUUUAAAUCAAAAAAAAUUAAAUCUUCAUCAAUGUGAAAUUAUUGUUUUAGAUGAAGUUGAUCGAAUGCUUGAUAUGGGUUUUCAAGAUGAUGUUGAUUUUAUUAUAAAAAGUAUUCCUAAAUCUCAAAUGAUUGUUUUUUCUGCGACAAUACCAUCGUGGUUAAAAAAAAGUGUAUCACGUUAUAUGUCACCAACGAAUAAAUCAUUUAUCAAUUUAAUUGGUGAUUCACAAGAAAAAACAGCGAUGAAUGUUGAACAUUUAUCAAUAAAAUUAAAUCAUAUUUCACAACGACCAAAAAUUGUUUUAAGUUUAUUAGAAAAAUAUUCGAAAGAUAUCAAUCAAAGUCAAGCUAUUGUUUUUUGUCAAACAAAACAUGAAUGUGAUGCAUUAGCAAGAUCAAAUGAAAUGGAGUCGAUUUCAAGUGAUGUUCUUCAUGGAAAUCUUUCACAAAGAAAACGAGAACAAGUUUUACAAAGUUUUCGUCAAGGUCAAACUCGUGUAUUAAUAACAACCGAUGUAUCAGCACGUGGUCUGGAUAUUCCACAAGUUGAUCUUGUUAUUCUUACUUCACCACCACAGGAUUGGGAAUCAUAUGUUCAUCGAUCAGGUAGAACUGGUAGAGCAGGAAGACAAGGAAAAGCAAUUUGUAUUUACACCAAUGAUCAAAUGAAACAAUUAAAACUUGUUCAAAAAAAUGCUAAUAUUCACUUUACUAAUAUUCGUUCAGAAUCUUCCGAUCAACAAAUGGAACUAAGAAAGCGAAUGAUUAAUUAA